AUGUUGCGACUCGGAGAAAAGCCUGUCGUGCUGCGUGUCCGACUCCCUCCACCAGUGCUAGCGAACACCAGAACAAUGUUUAUCCGCUCUAUGUCACCUUCGCCGACAUGGAAAGCGGGUCAAGGGGUCUCGGAGGAGCAGUCGUCGUGGAGAAAGGCCAUUGAUGGACCACGCAAGUCGUGGAACCUGGAGGAGAUACCGUCAACAGACGUAUACAAACUGCUGACCUCCGCCAUUGUCCCUCGUCCUAUUGCUCUCACAUCGUCCUUAUCACCAGAUGGCGUACUCAAUCUGGCACCAUUUAGCUACUUCUCCAUGGUAUCUUCCAACCCUCCGAUGCUCAGCAUCUCAUUUAGUUUAUCGUCAAGACGAAAGAAAGACACCCGGGAGAAUGUCCUAGCUACCAAGGAAUUCACUGUCAACAUAAUCAGCCAAGCUUUUGUCGAGGCAGCCAACAUCACUUCGGUAGAGUCAUCUGAAGCUGAUGAAUGGGUUCUCAGUGGGUUAAUCUAUGGAACCGAGUACGCAGGUCAAGCCGGCACGAGUGAAAGAGAGCGCAUUCUCCAUGGAGUGCGAGGUGCGCUUUAUUCCUAUCAGGACAUCACGCCUGUCGGGGCCACUGAGCCGACGGCGACUGUUGUGCUGGGAUUGAUACGAUAUGCCCACGCCAUGGAAUCGGUUCUGGAUAGCGAUGGCACUAGAGUUGACCCCGAUAAAUUGCAAGUGGUCGCUCGCAUGGGAGGCGAGACGUACAGCAAAGUCGUGGAGGGAUUUGAUAUUGCUCGCCCAAAGUGGAAGGAUCUCAAUGCGGUGUACCUUGAUUUGUUGGGGAAGAAGAAAGAUAGAUAA